CGCUCGCCAGUUUUUAAAUUCUACGGAUAUUGGCGGAAGAAACGGGAAGAAAUUUUCUUUAAUAAAAGAAUUCCCUUGUCUCUCCUUUAUCUCUCCCUCUCCUCUCCGCGCUCGCUCCGCCCACGGAGAGGAGGAGAUCCCCUUCUGAGUUCGAUCCCAGGGCUUCAGAGGGGGCCAAACCAAUCGUGGGGAGCUUUCAGUUCAUAAGAACACGAAGAUGGUUGCACAAAAGUUCAAUGUGGACUUGAGCAAGCCUCUUGUUUUUCAAGUUGGCCAUCUUGGGGAAGAUUACGAGGAAUGGGUUCACCAGCCCAUUGUGAGCAAGGAAGGUCCACGCUUUUUUGAAAAUGACUUCUUGGAGAUGUUCACCCGUACUAAAUGGUGGGUGAUUCCAGUCGUAUGGAUCCCAGUUGUCUGUUGGCUCGUGACCAUGUCUAUCCGCAUGGGACAUGCAGUUCCUCAGGCAGCUCUAAUGGUUGUGGGUGGUAUUCUUUUGUGGACGCUGAUUGAGUAUGCAUUGCACCGCUUCCUUUUCCAUAUUAGAACAUCAAGUUACUGGGCAAACACCUUGCAUUAUCUUCUUCAUGGAUGCCAUCAUAAGCACCCGAUGGAUGGACUGCGCCUUGUUUUCCCACCAGCUGCAACAGCUAUUCUUUGUGUGCCUAUCUGGUGUCUGAUUAGGCUCUUAACAACUCCUACUACUGCACCUGCCAUAUUUGGAGGGGGCUUGUUGGGUUAUGUGAUGUAUGACUGCACCCACUAUUACCUGCACCAUGGACAACCAUCCAAAGAUACAGCUCGAGAUAUGAAGAAAUAUCAUUUGAAUCAUCACUACAGAAUACAAAACAAGGGUUUUGGCAUAACUUCUCCACUUUGGGACAUCGUCUUUGGUACAUUACCCCCUCCAAUGCCAUCAAGGAAGAGCAGCUGAUUUUAUUAGUCCAGAGUUUAGAAGUGGAUGUAAUCUAUUAAGGAGAGUAGCCCAGCUAGCCUUACUUCAGCCUCUCUGUGAUUUUCGCAGCAUCCCGAAUCUAUAAUUGGCGUAAUCUGUUUAAGUGGAAGCAGGGAAAGCAACUUGUAAUUUUGUUUGAAGUCAAGAAAUUUGCCUCCUUGAAUUUGUAUGAGGAAGGAAAGAAAGAUCAAAGAAAUACACUACAAUUGGGUUAAACACAUUCAAUUGAUACACGA